AUGUACCGGCACGGCCGCGCCGCCGCCGCCGCCGCCGUGGUGGUGGCCGCCCGCCUGCGGCCCGCCGGCCGCCUCCGCGCCUGGCCCGGCGGGGCGGCGGCGGCGGCCGGGGUCGGGCCCGGGCCCCAGGGCAGCGACCCGCCGCGUCGCCGUUACCGCGCGCGGCCGCAGCCGCCGCCGCCGCUGCCGCCGCGUCACCCCGGUGCCGGCGCCGCCGGCUGCCGCCGCCCCGGCGCCCGGGCCCUGUCGCCGCCCGAGGGCCUCGAGGGCGCCAUCACCACCGUGGACGGGCGCCGGGAGGACGACAUCGCCGUGCGCGAGCGCCCCGGCGCCGAGCUGCUGCUGCUGCGCCCGCUCGCCCGCGCCGCCGCCGCCGGCGACGGAGCCGGAGCCGGAGCCGGAGCCGGAGCCGCCGGCCCGGCCCACCGCCGCCGCCCCCAGCCCAGCAUGGAGGAGCACCUGGCCCUGGUGCACGCCAAGCUGCAGCACGAGCUGCCCAACUUCUUCCGGAAGGUGCACGACUUCGGCCUCUACUCGCCCGACGUGGAGUUCGUCAACCGGCCGCUGCGGCUGCGGACGCGGGGCCGGCCCAUGUACCAGGCGGCGCUGGCGCUGUGCCGGGCGGCGGCGUGGGGCUACUUCGCCAGCGUGCGCCUCGAGGUGCUGGCGCUCACGCAGCACCCCGAGGACUGGAGCGUCCGGGCGCGCUGGCGCCUCACCGGCCUCCCCUUCCACCUCUGCCUCCUGCGCUUCUACCGGCGCGACAAGCGCGACCUGCUCCGCUCCUACGACGCCCUGUCCACCUUCUUCCUCGACUCGCAGGGGCUCAUCCGCUGCCACCACAUCGACAAGCUCAUGCCAGCCCCCAGGGCCGUGGCCGAGGCCAAGAAGCUGCUGGUGGCGGCGGCAGCCGCCGGCCUGGCGCAGCCGGGGCCGGAGCUGCAGCUGCUCCUGGAGCCGCCGGGCGCCGCGGCGCCGCCGUGAGCCCCCCCCGGGCCGCCGGGAGCCCCCCCCGGGCCGCCGUGGGGCCGCCGGGAGCCCCCCCGGGCCGCGGUGGGGCUGCCGGGAGCCCCCCGAGGCCACUGUGGGGCCGCCGGGAGCCUCCCUGGGCCGCCGGGAGCCCCCCCCGGGCCGCCGUGGGGCCGCCGGGAGCCCCCCGAGGCCACUGUGGGGCUGCCGGGAGCCCCCCCUGGGCUGCUGGGAGCCCCCCCGGGCCGCCGUGGGGCUGCUGGGAGCCCCCCGAGGCCACUGUGGGGCCGCCGGGAGCCCCCCCCGGGCCGCCGGGAGCCCUCCCCGGGCCGCCGUGGGGCUGCUGGGAGCCCCCCCCGGGCCACCGUGGGGCUGCCGGGAGCCCCCCCCCCGGGCCGCCGUGGGGCUGCCGGGAGCCCCCCCUGGGCCGCCGGGAGCCCCCCGGGCCGCCGUGGGGCUGCUGGGAGCCCCCCGAGGCCACUGUGGGGCUGCCGGGAGCCUCCCUGGGCUGCCGGGAGCCCCCCCCCGGGCCGCCGUGGGGCUGCUGGGAGCCCCCCCCGGGCCGCCGUGUGGCCGCCAGGAGCCCCUCCGAGCCGCUGUGGGGCGAACCGAGGCUGCUGGGAGCCCCCCUGGGUUGCCGUGGGGCCACCGGGAGCCCCCCCUGGGCCGCUGGGAGCCCCUCCGGACUGCUGGGAGCCCCCCCCCGGCCACUGUGGGGCCACAGGGAGCCCCCCAGACCACCGUGGGGCCGCCAGGAGCCCCCCCUGGGCCGUCGGGAGCCCCCCCAGGCCGCCGUGGGACCGCCGGGAGCCCCCCCAGGGCUGCUGGGAGCCCCCCCGGGGCGGCCAGCAGCCCCCCAAGGGCCACCGGGAGCCCCCUCCCCCCCGGCCACGGCCAUCCGUCCCCCCCCCCGCCCCACUAACUUAAUGUACAGAAUAAAGGGAGAGGUGUGGAA